AUGAGCAGAUUUGGAUGGGCUUCGUUCUUCUCGAAGUUUGUGGUAGAUCCUGCAGAUAACCAGUUCACAUUGCAAUAUGUCACCGUUGUCGGUGUUAUGAUGCAGUACAUUUCAUUCAUUUCAGCCAUAAUUUACGAAUGGGUAUUUUCAAUCUCCCACUCCACUGAGAUUUCAAAAAGUUUGAAUGAACUUGGCUUGCUGGCUGAUAAGCAUAGAGAAUGUGUCAAAUCUUAUCCAUAUACUGUUUGUAUUAUUUUUGCAGCGAUGAUAAUAGAGAUGAGCUCUCUUUACAUUUUAGAUAGAGUCGUUAAAUCUAUUACCACUGACGGAGCUUUCGUGCUGGAAAUCAUCUACAUCUUUUUGACCGAAUCACUGGCAUUAUCAACAGGCAAGUUAGUAAGAACUAAGCCCAUUGUAAAUAUUUCCAAUCCAUCUGUGUUUCCCCAGCUGUCGUUGGAUAUAACCGAUGAUUUUAUUCUUAUUUUUGUGACAGUCUAUAUUCCAAUAUUGCUUAAAAUGAGGCCAUUUGUCCAAGCGGCAUUCCUGGCAGAAGUACUAAAAAUACUUGCAGAUUUUUCCAUUCUUAUCUUCCUAAACAAUGAAGAUGUGAUUGCGCCGAAGAAGAGUGCUGUAUUUCUGGAUUGGGAGCCACUUGGCGAAGAUCUUACAAAGCAGCUACUGAAUCUAUUUUCAAAGGUAGAAUUUAAUAAAGAUAACUGUAGAGUUAUCUUCUCAUUGGAGAAGUACAUCAAUCUCAGCUCUAGGACUAUUGAAAUACCGCCCGAAGCACUGCACUUCUAUGGCAAAGACGCUUUGGUAGGAUACGUAGCCUUUGUCUUGGCGGAAAUAGAGAAUGGAACCACACAAACACUUAUAAGCGCCACGAUUAUGUCGAGGAUUGCCAUCAUUGUAGUACUAUCACUACUAGUUCGUAAAGCUCUAACUCUGGAAAAACCGCUUCUUGAAAUUAUCAAAGCUGUUAGGAUUGCCAGAAUCUUGGAGUUUUCCCUAAAUUUACUAGUUAAUAUUAUAUCAAGGAGAUUAGAGCUUGCUUGCGACAGAUUUGUUGUAGACCAGGGACUGAAGGACAAUCUUCUGGAAUAUAUUAAAAAGAUAGACCAAGACCCCGAGAUAGAAUUUAGUUCAUAUUUUACAGAAGCGAUGACUAUAUUUUCACAAAGGAACUGCUUGAAGGAUCGAAUGCAUACAAUACUGCAGUUGCAAUAG